AUGGAGCCAAGAAACCUCACAUGGGUGUCAGAGUUUGUCUUCCUGGGGCUCUCACAGACUCAGGAGCUCCAGCCUUUCUUGUUUCUGGUGUUCUUGUUUGUCUACACCACCACUGUUGUGGGAAACCUCCUCAUCAUAGUCACGGUGACCUCAGACUCCCAGCUCCACACCCCCAUGUACUUCCUGCUCCGCAACCUGGCUGUCCUAGACCUCUGCUUCUCCUCGGUCACUGCCCCCAAGAUGCUGGUGGACUUCCUCUCGGACAAGAAGACCAUCUCCUACCGGGGCUGCCUGGCUCAGGUGUUCUUCUUCCACUUCCUGGGAGGGGCCAUGGUGUUCUUCCUGUCGGUGAUGGCCUAUGACCGCCUGGUGGCCAUCUCCAGGCCCCUCCACUACGUCACCAUCAUGAACACUCAGCUCUGUAUGUUACUAGUGGUGAUGGCAUGGACUGGUGGCUUCAUCCAUUCCAUUGUUCAGCUGUCUCUGAUGCUUCCGCUGCCUUAUUGUGGCCCCAACAUCCUGGAUAACUUCUACUGCGAUGUCCCCCAAGUGCUGAGGCUCGCCUGCACUGACACCUCCCUGCUGGAGUUCCUCAUGAUCUCCAACAGCGGCAUGCUGGAUGUCAUCUGGUUCCUCCUCCUUCUCAUCUCCUACACUGUCAUCCUGGUGAUGCUGAGGUCCCACCCAGGGCAGGCGAGGAGGAAGGCGGCAUCCACCUGCACCACCCACGUCAUCGUUGUGUCUAUGAUCUUCAUUCCCAGCAUUUACCUGUAUGCCCGCCCCUUCACUCCCUUCCCUAUGGACAAGGCUGUGUCCAUCAGCCACACUGUCAUGACCCCCAUGCUCAACCCCAUGAUCUACACCCUCAGGAACAAGGAGAUGCAGGCAGCCAUGAAGAGAUUAGCCAAGCGCUUAGCGAUUUGCAACAGGGAAUGA